AUGUUGAUGGUAUCACAACUUAAAAAGUUUGAUGCAUAUCCAAAAACAGUCGACGAUUUUAGAGUUAAAACAUUUACUGGUGCUAUAGUAUCAAUUGUUGGAGGAAUUUUUAUAUUAUGGUUAUUCUUUUCACAAGUAACAUUAUAUUUUUCAACAGAUAUUCAUCAUGAGUUAUUUGUAGAUACAACCCGUGGUGAAAAAUUAAAAAUUAAUAUGGAUAUUACUUUCCAUCACUUACCAUGCGCAUAUUUAAGUUUGGAUGCUAUGGAUGUUUCAGGUGAACAUCAAUUUGAUGUAGCACAUAAUAUAUUUAAAAAAAGAUUAUCAUCUACAGGUCAACCAAUUAUUGAACAACCACCAAUUAGAGAAGAAGAAAUUAAUAAAAAAAUUGUAAAGAAUGAAAAUGAUGUUCAAGGAUGUGGAAGUUGUUAUGGUGCAGAGGAUCCAGCAAGAGGGAUUCCAUGUUGUAAUACUUGCGAAGAGGUUAGAAAUGCUUAUAGUAAAAAAGGUUGGGGAUUAGAUCCAAGUACCGUUUCUCAAUGUCUUAGAGAAGGUUUCACUAAAAACAUUGUUGAACAAAAUGGUGAAGGUUGUCAGGUUUAUGGUUUUAUUCUUGUAAAUAAAGUAGCUGGUAAUUUCCAUUUUGCACCAGGCAAAAGUUUCCAACAACAUCAUAUGCACGUUCAUGAUCUUCAACCAUUUAAAGACGGCCAAUUCAAUAUGAGCCACACUAUUAACAAACUUGCAGUUGGUAAUGAAUUCCCAGGUAUCAAAAAUCCAUUAGAUGAGGUUACUAAAACUGAAGUUGCUGGUGUUGGUAUGUUCCAAUAUUUUAUUAAAAUAGUUCCAACAAUUUACGAAGGUUUAAAUGGUAACAGAAUUGCCACCAAUCAAUAUUCAGUUACUGAACAUUAUCGUUUAUUAGCCAAAAAAGGUGAAGAGCCAACUGGUUUACCAGGAUUAUUCUUUAUGUAUGAUCUUUCACCAAUUAUGAUGAAGGUAUCAGAAAAAGGAAAAUCAUUUGCCUCAUUCCUCACCAAUGUUUGUGCUAUCAUCGGUGGUGUAUUCACUGUCUUUGGUAUUUUUGAUUCAUUUAUUUACUAUUCAACUAAAAACCUCAAAAAGAAAAUUGAUUUAGGUAAAGCUUAUUAAUAAAAUAAAUAUAAUAAAAACAAAUAAAAAAAUUUCAAAAAAAAAAUUCAUUCAAAGC